AUGGAGCACAAGGUUCAAGAUGAAGCUGGUGAGGUGCAUAUUUCCAAAGAAGAGCAGAACAUUGCCGUUAUCCAGGAAUGGGACAAAUGUCGUAGGUUUCCAAAGGAGAGGUUGGCAGGUGUGUACUGCAAUCAAACAUUUGACGACAUAGCCUGUUGGCCAGAUACUCCAGCGGGGACCGUACAGUACAUAGCUUGUCCAACUUACAUACAGGGAUUUUAUACCGAUGGAAAUGCUACGAGGAUUUGUCUGCCUGAUGGUAAAUGGUUCGUUAAUCCCGUUACAAACAGCACCUGGUCUAACUACAGUCAGUGUCUCAAACCAACCAAUCCUCAGGAAGAGAUUCCACAGCUUUUCAUGGUACACAUCGUUUAUAUCCGUGUGAUGUCAACAACCGGCUAUGCCAUUUCAUUCUGUUCGCUUCUUCUGGCAGUUUUCAUCAUGGUAAAAUUUAAGCGGUUACAUUGUCCGAGAAAUACUGUCCACCUUCACAUGUUCGUUUCCUUUAUUCUCCGAGCCAUCUUGACAUUUCUGAAGGACCUUCUUCUAGUUCAAGGUCUUGGUUUUGCCUUUGAUCUGGAACAGACAGGAGAUAAACUUGUCUUCAAGCAAGAGGGAUUGCAUUGGGAGUGUAAGCUUCUGAUAACUCUAUUCCAUUACGUCCUAUCCGCGAACUACAUGUGGAUCUUGGUCGAGGGGCUAUACCUUCACACUCUUGUCUAUGUAUCCGUCUUCUCUGAAAGAAGCACUGUACGCUGGUAUUAUCUACUUGGAUGGGGGACUCCAUUUCUGAGCAUUGUGCCUUGGGUUAUUGUCAGGAUCACCUUAGAGAAUAUUCUCUGCUGGAAUACAAAUCCAACAGUGGGGUACUUUUGGAUAUUAAAGGGACCAAUUUGGCUAAGUAUUAUGGUAAACUUCUUUUUCUUCAUAAACAUCCUGCGAGCUCUGUUCUACAAACUUCAUAAACCAAAGCUGCGAAAACCGUGUCCGUCAGCAGCCAGACACAAUAGAUACAGGCGUUUAGCAAAGGCAACACUUAUCCUCAUUCCGCUUUUCGGAGUUCAUUACAUCGUCUUCAUGGGAGUCAGUGAAAAUGUUAACCCAACUACAGAGGUUGUGAUACUAUAUAUAGAAAUGUUCUUCAAUUCUUUUCAGGGAUUCCUGGUUGCGGUUUUAUUCUGUUUUCUCAACAGAGAGGUCCAACUCGAAUUGAAGAAAACUUGGUAUCGCCUAUGGUCUCGUCCUGACCCACUAUUUCUUCAACAAACUCAAUACCUGGUAGACCAUAGAAAUCGUAGCCAUGCUUCGGACAACCACCAUUCAUCAGAAGGCUCAACGGACAAUGCGAGUUGCUUAUGUAAAUGGAGCUUGGAUGAUAAAGGAAAACUAACAAGGACGUUUGUGAAAACUGGUUCAGCCAAACAGGAAAGUCGGCGAAAAGGCUGGAAAAUUACGGUUGAAACAAGAAUGUGAUAUUUUGUUAUUUUUGAAAUGUUGUUUGUAAAUAAUUGAAAUUGUUUCGUGUUUAAUUAUAACUAUGCUUAUUGUUGCCUUAUCUGGACAAUGGGUGAUAAUGAACAGUAUCUUCUAAAUAUUGUUAAUAUGUGUCUCUGCAACAUAUAAAAAACAUCAUUCGGAACUCCUGGGCCAGUCUCCAUCAAAAACAGCCUCGGAUGUAUAUGGACGGUUAACAAUGUCUUAACAUUUGAUUACGCUGCAAGUAGAUAUCGUAGCAGUUUUUAUUUAGCUGUUGAACCUAAUAACUUUUCUCGUGAGAAUCUUGUAUUGUAUGCAAUGAUACACUUCACUGGAAAUCUUUUUAAAUAAACAUUAUACAUGGUAAAACACUACACUUUAUUAAUACUAUUACUUAAACUUUUACAAACUACUUCUCAUAAUGAACCGGCAUACAUCCAAGAUAAUUUUGGAUUGAAAAUGGGCGAAGAGCUCCGAAUGAAAACAAAACAACAUAAAAUUAUUACAAUACUUGACAAUACAUGGGGACCAAAUAUGUGAAAGGACGUAAGAAGUUUGCAUUAGAAUACACGAAAA